UAACGGUAUCGGAUAUAAGCGAUAUUCGCUGUAAAAUUCGAUUUACAAUGUCACAAGCUAUGUAAUUUAGUGAAAAGUCUUCAAACAAAUCGUUCAAAAGCAUGAUUUAUCUCCGUUCGCUACUUUUGUGCUCAGUGUUUGUUGGACCUUUAAUGCUCGGAGUUUGCGCACAAGGCACGUGUAAUGGUAAUACUCCGUGUUUGUGUUCCUAUGAAAACGGACAGUUUCUAGAUUUCACGUCGCUAGGGAACAAAGACGAUACUCCAAGAUUCUACAAUGUUUCCGACAAGUAUGAAUAUGCGUACUCCUGGAACCCAUGUUACAACUUCACAGAAGGAAAUUGCUCCGAAGUAUCAGUGUGCAAAAUAGAAUCUGCCAUCCCAUAUGACCUAUAUACGCCGUUGGGGUAUCAGAACAGCUAUGAAUUUGUAACCAAUAGAUCCGAUAACAGCGUGGAACUUGUCUACCAGGCAGGCACAGGCUCCGGCCACAUUCGGCUGAUAUGUGUAAAUGGCAGCACAACUACCAGUCUUAUCGCGCUCGGACCACCGAGUCAACAGUCACAUGAUUUCUAUUUUGAGCUGCGUAGUCCGCUGUGUUGUCCCCAGGGGACCCCGCUGACCUCUGUACCCACGACAAUUGAACCCACCACAGGAUGCCCGGCCUGUGCCGGAACUUCCGGUCUUAAGGAUGCACUUAUCGGCGUCUCAGUUGUUUUGGGACUUCUCCUGGUGGUCUCCAUUAUCUUGGCAGUCAAGCUGAGGAGACUGAUGGCCAAGAAAGUCUACGAUGAGCUGUAGCGAGGGCGGGCAAGGAUUAAACAACAACAAUAUCAGCCUAUGACACUUUAUGCCGAUAAAAGUUGUGUUUAUGGGUCUCAAACUGUUCGCAAUUAUGUUAAAUAAGUGUUUAAAAUGGACAGUAUGAGUUAUAUCCAAAUUGCUCGUCUAUUUCAUCUGUAUUUCAUCACUUUAUUAUUAUGAAUGAUGCAUGAUUCAUGUAAUAGCCUCUUAAAUAUCACCAUAAACUUAUGAUUUCUAUAUGUUAUAUACAACUACGUAUAUUUUUCAUAUGAUCUAAAUUUUAUUUUUAUUCAGAGUUUAUUGUAUUUAUAGUCAAUACUUUAGGAAGAACGUGUAUUUUUUUCUAAUAUUGAACAUAAUAUUUUAAAAACAUUAUGUUACAUUUUUAAAUAACUUAAGGAAGACUGUAUUUUUAUAUUGACAUUAAAACUGGUCUACAGUCACCAAUACAUGAAUUCUCAUUCAUUCGAUAAUAUGUCAUUUGAAUCAGUACAAUAUAAGUCGCAUUCUGAGAAAACUGGACAUAAUGCAUAUGCGUAAAGUGUCGUCCCAGAUUAGCCUGUGUAGUCCGCACAGGCUAAUCAGGGACGACACUUUCCGCUUUUAUGGUAUUUUUCGUUAAAAGGAAGUCUCUUUUACACGAAAAUCCAGUUAAGGCGUAAAGUGUCGUCCCUGAUUAGCCUGUGCGGACUGCACAGGCUAAUCUGGGACGACACUUAACGCACAUGCAUUUUGCCCAAUUUUCACAGAACACGACUCACAUGUUUUAAUUUUAUACUUUCGCUUCAUAUCUCAAGGUAAGAUGACAUCUUUUUGUCGGCUCGGUUUGUGAAAAUUGUUUGGAUGUAUAUUAAAAUAUUCAUGUUAUGCUCAGGACGAAUGUCUUGUUCUUUUUAUUACAUAUGACUUCUUAAAAAUCCAUACUUGUAAGUAAUAUAAUAAGUUACAAAGGCAACAUUUUUGUUUUGAUUUAAUGCAUUAUAAAAACAGGUUCUGAAAUACAGUACAUGUAUUGUGAAAAUACUUAAAGUCGUUAAAAUAUAUUUGAUAAAAAUCA